GAAAUGAUUUUUAAUCAGGUGGAGAGAAAAAAAUGAUUCAAUUUUUUAUUUCAUUAAAAUAUACAGUAAAGCCCUAAUUCCUUUCUCUUGUGCAAUUCAAUUUCCCAUCCGUUUACGCUAUCAAAUAAUGGGUCGGAAAGCUGGUAGUGUAUACAUCAACCCCAAGAGAUUUGGAUCUCUCACGAAACCUUGCAUGAAGGAUAUGAUAUCAUUUCUUAAUUGCUUAUCUCUGAACCACAUAAAUGAUGAAAAAUGUGUUCGACAAAAGGAGCAGUUAAAUGCUUGUAUGGAUGCUCAGACCAGCAAGAAAAAAUCAUUUGGAAGCAUUAAUUAUCAUCUGCAGAGGCUUAACCGAGGAAGGAAAUAGUUUUUGCCUGCAUAUUGUUCUUCAUGAUCAACGUUUGAUCUCAUAUGUGGCGGAAGACAGUUAAAUCGGGUAUCAAAGCGUUGCAUAUCAUUUUGUUAAUGCAUUUUUUUGAUAUUGCUAAUAGAGAGUUUGGAACAGUUUUUGAUGUACUUGAGUUCUGUACGUAGCAUUUUAAGAAACUUUACAAUAAUGCUCGAUUAGAUUCUUAUCUAUUUACGGAUAGUUUAAGUGGAGAAUCAAAAAUUAGGCAAUAGUUUAACA